GGUGUCACAUGUCCGAUGCCAGCGGGUCUCAGCUCCCGGGAUGAUGUGACCGCGUCUCCAGGUGUGUGCGUAAAACCGUGCGCCGUGGGAUUCUGGAUCAGGUCCAGCCUCCUCCCCCUCCUCCUCCUCCUCCUCCUCAUCUUCGUCUCCCGCAGCCACGAUCUCCACAUCCCGAGGAGUAGAAUUAAGACAAGGCCCCGGAGUGACCGGACCCCGGAGGAUGAGUGUGUGUGAGCCGAACCUCACCGGAGUACAGAGGCAUGAAGGCGCACGUUGAGACACGGAGGAGAAAUGACGCUGUGCUCCAGAUAUAGCGUCGCGUAGAUCGUCCUCCUCGUCCUGCGGUUUUUCUGCCUGUGUGGAAGAUGUUGCUGCUCCUGGUGAUGUCUUCAGUCGCUCUCAGCCCCGGAUCUGCCCUCAGCUCCCAUUUCAGCUCAGAUGGCGCUCCGCUGAGUGAGCUGUCCUGGUCGUCGUCCCUGGCUGUGGUGGCCGUCUCCUUAUUGGGCCUCUUCACCUUCGUCUUCCUCAUGCUGGCCUGCCUCUGCUGCAAGAAGGGCAAGACCGGCUUUAAGGAAUUCAAGAAUGUGGACGGGGAGGAGUACCACGCAGACAUGUCCACCUUGGCCUCGCCGGCCUCCCAGGGCAGCCUGGACGUCUACAUCCUGCCCCUCACUGAGGUGUCGCUGCCAAUCGCCAAGCAACCUGCUCACUCAGUCCAUCUCCUGAAAUCCACAGACCUCAGCCGCCACAGUCUCCUCUACCUGAAAGAGAUCGGGAAUGGCUGGUUUGGGAAGGUUUUGCUGGGGGAGGUGAACACAGGCCUGAAUACCACUGAAGUGGUAGUGAAGGAACUCAAGUCCAGUGCCAGUGUGCAGGACCAGAUGCACUUCCUGGAGGAGGCCCAGCCUUUUCGCGUCCUGCAGCAUCCCGCUCUGCUGCAGUGUUUGGCUCAGUGCACCGAGGUCACCCCCUACCUGCUGGUGAUGGAGUUUUGUCCACUGGGGGAUGUGAAGAGUUACCUCCGGAGCUGCAGGACUGCAGAGACCAUGACCCCCGAGCCCUUGAUUCUUCAGCGGAUGGCCUGUGACGUCGCCUCAGGACUCCUGCAUCUGCACAAACACAACUUCACGCACAGUGACCUGGCGUUGAGGAACUGCUUGUUAACUGCUGAUGCUUCAGUGAAGAUCGGAGACUAUGGCCUGUCCCACACCAAGUACAAGGAUGAUUACUACCUGACCUCAGAUCAGAUGUACGUGCCGCUGCGCUGGAUCGCUCCAGAGCUGGUGGACGAGGUGCAUGGAAACGUGCUGGUGGCAGACAACACCCAGCAGAGCAACAUCUGGUCUCUGGGUGUGACGAUCUGGGAGCUGCUGGAGUUGGGGAACCAGCCCUACAGACACUACUCCGACCGACAGGUGCUCACCUACGCUGUGAGGGAGCAGCAGCUGCGACUUCCCAAACCACUGCUCAAGGUGCCGCUGGCUGAGCGCUGGUAUGAAGUGAUGCAGUUCUGCUGGCUCCAGCCUGAUCAGAGACCCAAUGCAGAGGAAGUCCACCUGCUGCUCAGCUACCUUUGUGCCAAGGGGGCUAGCGAAGCAGAGGAGGACUUUGAGAGGCGCUGGAACUCGCUGUGUCCCAACACUGGAUUCAACAGCCACCACGGUGCCUCUGCAAUGUCACAAGACCACCCCUCGUCCACCUCCUCCUCCUUCCCUCUCCUCGAGCAGUUUUCAGCAGGUGAUGGCUACCACUCGGAGUCUGGGGAUGACAUACUAACAGUCACCGAAACCAGCCAUGGCCUGAACUUUGAGUACAAGUGGGAGCAAGCCAGAACAGACCAGUCCUAUAGAGGCCAGGACUCCUCCAGUACCCUGGGUCAGGUCAACCAUCAUUGCCAGGAAGCCUUUUAUCCACCAGGGGGCAUUGUUGGAGGCUGCCCUAUGGAGAGCCUCAGCCACGCAGUUUCUCCUUCUUACUACCAACCAAAACAUCUACAUGCUCCUGGCGUUCUCCCUGUCCUUAGUGCCCAUAGCCCCUCAGUAAGCAGUGAAUACUACAUCCGCAUUGAAGAGCCAGUGGAUUGUAACAUCGAUCUGGACUAUACCAUGUGUUCCUACAGCCCAGAGUAUCAGGGCAGCAGUGGGAGCUUCCUUACCGGGAGUGCAGACUCAGGCGAGUGCAUGGCCUGUCCGUCUCAAGCUAAGAACAUGGUCAUGGCUCCCUAUUGGGCAGCAGACAUCCGUAAGUCCGAUGUGUAUGACUCCAAUGACUCGAGUCCAGCCAUCUCCCUGACAAUGGAGCCCCUUUUAGGACAAGUGUCGCACAACAGCCCCCUACGACCCUGGGAGUCCAGUCACUAUGUGUCCUAUAAAGACAGAGAUGGAGGUUACUACUAUGAGCACUCACCACCUUUGGGAAUAGACCACUAUCUGAUUGGAAGUGAGCACUCUAGUGAGCACCAUCAGGAAAGCUGGGGGUCAAGGAGCUUGCGUCAGGCCUUGGGUGAGUUGGAGAACCCGCUGGGUGUUACCCGCGCUGUGACCAGUCCACCUCAACAGGCCUUCAGAGAUUCAUACCUGGACACAAGUCAGACCUCCAUCAUUGGAAAGAACGUGACUGGAGGUUACUACGACAUGAUGGGCUCGCUCAGGAAGACUAUGCCUAGCCACACAAGGCACAACAGCCACUCGGUCAGUAUCAACAUGGAGACAGAGGGGGCGCUCUUUAUCGGGCACAGAGACAGCGAUUCAGAAGAUGAAGAAGAGGAGGAUAUAUUUGUUGAGAGACACACCUGCAACACGUGGCCUUCAAAACACCGCCACAGCAGCGUGGGUCACCACCGACGGGCAAGCCACAGCUGUAGACAGGACGCUUAUGUAGAUUUCCACUACACCAUGCCAAGUACUGACAUUGAGGACUCCUGGCCAGAGGAGAACAGCCUGGCCUUCCACUCUCUACCCAAACCUCUUGACUACCUUGAGCCGCACCAGGCCAAAGACAACAGUGCCUGCCUCAGUCUGAGCAAACACCACGCAAUGGUGCCUUCAGACACCUGCAACAGCUACAUCUACUUGUGCCACGAGGGCGACACUCAGGUGCCAGCGUCUGGAGAGUGCUGCCACUCACACUUUGUUGACCCGCUCACCGGUUUGCUCGUCAGAAACAACAGCUACAGUCACAGCAACUAUAUCCGAGAUAAGAUCAUUGACACCCCAUGCAACGAGGAGAUGAUCAAUCUAUCACCGGCUCCAGGGGGUCCCAUUGUGGCCAAACCUACCUUGAUAAAGACUGAGGAGCGUGGAGAGCAGUAUAUCGACCUGACAACUAAUGGUAGCCCACUCAGAGAGAAGAGGGAGGAUGUAAUCAAGGAAAACCUCAUCAUGCAAAAAACGACAGAACCUAAAAUAGAAGAGGUGACGCUGACAAUGACGAAAAUCCCUCCGCCUCCUGCCGACAACAUGCACGUGAUGGUGGCGCUCACAGAUCCGCAGUCAGACUUUAGUCCCACUGGAGACAGCGGUGUUGAUCAAGGCAGCUCCAGUGCUUGCCUCGCUGACAUUCUCGACUGCAGUGACGAUGACGAGCAAGAGGAGGAUGAUGAUGACAUCACAGAGGAUAUCACCGACGUCACCUCAGGCAUCUUUGCUGACGAGUCCAGUGAGCUGAAUGCUUCACCUGCCUUCAAGUCUCUACAGAAGCAGGUAGGAACUCCCGAUUCCAUGGAUUCCAUGGAUCUACCAUCUGCAGCUGGGUCCUCUGAAGGCUUCAGCCCUGCCUCCUCCCACCCGUCCAGCUCACCUAAAGCUAUGGACAGUGGCUACGACACAGAAAACAACGAGAGCCCAGAGUUUGUACCCAAAGAGCCUCAUGAACCCCGAGAACAACCUCUGGCAAAGCCUACUCUAGAUACAAGCCUGGAGGAGGACGAGGUGCUGGAGGAGGCCAAAGAGGAUGAACCAUCACUGGGUGAAGAUGUGGCCUCAGGAGACUCUCAGACAGUUGACCACAUCUUUUCACCACUAAGCGAUAAAACCCCGUACAGAGACUCAGCUUACUUUUCAGACUGUGAGGGUGAGAGGCAGCCCAGGGAUGAAGGAGAAGAAUCAUCAUCGACAGUAAGAGAUGAACAAAAUACGGAAGAAAAGAAGGGUGAGAAAAGGAAGAGUGAGGAAGAACUUAAAGACGCUGCAGCAAACAAAGACAUAAAAGUUGAAAUGAAGCAAAUAUCAACAGAAGGAACAGAAUUCUCUUGUCCAGCAGAGAUGGAGGAAUACUUGACUGAGGUUUGUCCAGAUGAGGAGUUGGGGCUUCCCCUGGAGCCCUCUGAGACUGCAUCAAUAGAGGGAGGACUGGAUGAAUGGCCGUCCCAGGAGGAGAGCUCAUCUCUAGGGGAUUGGGCAGCAGAGGUGGUGGGGGCCAUGGAAGAAGCCCUUGGAGCCCUGAAUGGAGAUAGUACACACAACGUUAAGGUAGAAAGUGAGGAAGCAGAAGUCGUGGAAGACUCAGAACCAACAAAAGAGCCAGUGAUGAAGAUGAUUCAAACCAGGACAUCUGGUGAAAUCCCCCACUCUUUACCCAAAGACGAGGUGGCCCUGCAGCACACGGCAAACACCCGGCGGUUUUCUGCUUCCUCUCCUCCACCUCCGUCAACCCCUCCACCUCCGCUCCCUGCAACAGACGGCCGAGGGUCUCCAGCCGAUGGGGAAGAGGCCGAUGAGGAGGACGGCGACACAGACGACAGCGAUGAGUCCGAUGAGGAGCUGCGAUCCUAUAGCAUGCAGGAACAGAGCUGCGGGGAGGAGAGCGAGGAGGAAUGCCACCCGGUGCCCAUUGUGGUGAGCGACGACAGCGAAGCCCACAAACUGCGAAGCCUCCUCAAGAUGCCGACGCUGCUCACAACGGAGAACCUGCAGGAGGAGCUGGAACGCAAGAAGAAGACCGUGUCUUUCUUUGACGAUGUCACCGUCUACCUGUUCGAUCAAGAAAGUCCGACUAAAGAGCUGAGUGAGCACAGCUUCCCCGUGGGAGCGGAGGGUCAGAGUUCACACAGCAAAUCCAAAGAGAGAGUCAAUGCCUCCGACGACUCCUCUGAUGGGAACAUCUCAGAAGAGAGUGCAGGGUACGAGUGGGAGGACGACUUUCCCCUCCUGCCUCUCCCAACAUCCUCAGGAGCAUCCGACUCUCCCCCCACUCGCUCCGUCCCCAAAACCCCAGACGUCAAACCGGUCGUUCAGUUCUCCCGCUUCACCGUCUCCCCCUCCAACGUUUCCCGUUUCUCCAUCACUCACAUCUCUGACUCUGAUAUGGACUCAGCAGGAGGAAGCAGCGAGGACGGAGACAAAGAGUAACGAGCUGUGGAUAUUUCCUGCCUCUUUGACCACAGUUUGGCUUCUAGCAUGACUCCUGAAUUAUUUCAUAACGUCAGGUUUUAGAAACACAAGACAGUGCCUCUCACUCCUGUGGACACUUUGGAAAAGUCUUACCACGGUGUAGGACCUAAACUUCAAGAUUAUGAUUAAUAUAUCAAACUUUUACAGAAUAUUAAUAUAUACUGGAUGUAAAGAAUCUUUGAAAGCAGGGGAAAUUUGUUUGUUGAAUUUUUUCAGAUUAAAAAGACAAAUGGAAGCCGUUUGAAAAUAAAUCACCUGGUUCACUUCUUAAUUUAUGAUGGGGAGUAAAGCUGAGAGCGUGGCGCCACCUGGAGGAGACGUGUUCAUCUGUCACUUUGAGUUUUGGGCUUUUUGACGAAGACUGUACAGCUCCACCCACUUUUUCAGAAACUGCUUUACUUGUCUUAAUGAACACAAAGGAGAAUCUCUGAGGUAUCACAAGUAAUAUGAUGUGAAUAUUUGGAUUCGUGCAGAGACGAAGGUCACACAGGAAUCUGAACGGCCCCUGGUUGGGUUCUGAAUGUUAUUUUGUGGAAACAGCCGAGCGAACGUGGACAACCUGAUAUUUUCUCUUCUUGUUUUUUAUAUUAGAAAUCACUCCAGUGCUGUUUUACAUGAAUAUGUGGCUCGUUCUCUCUCGGCAGCACCUUCACAACCAAACUGUGUUAAAUCAGGCACGAUGUCACCAUAGUAACAAGAAGUGAAGGGAUUAGUUUCAAAUAUAGCGAUGCAUGGUUUCAAGUAACUAGGAGACAGACGAGUUUUUGGAAUUGAGACAAAGACACGUGGUCACUGAAAUCCUUUCUCAUGUCGCAGCUCCAAAACAAAAGAUGUUCAGUAUCUGGACUGCAGCUCCUCUGAUGAUGAUGACGCGGGCCAACAGGAGGAGCCUCAGAUGAUCGCAUGUUUUUGUUAAUCCAGUUUAAUACCAGACAAAACAAAGCACUUCAUCACAUUGAUGCAAAAAUCCUGAAAAUCCAACAUUGUCAAAAAAGACUCUGGUACAAUGAGAGAAAUUAAAGGGAUUGAUAACAAAUGUAUGAAUCAUCAUCUCACUCAAGCCGCGAUAUCAAAAUCCACACCCGCCCGACAGUAUUACAAAUCUCUGUUAGUCUGAACCAACAGGAUUUUUCAUAUGUAAACCAGAAGAUUAAAUUCAGUUUGACAGCUUCAGCUCAUUUCUACCUUUGUAUCUGUUUUGAACUGACCUGACUUCACUGUUACUGACACAGUUGCUGUAUUUUGGCUGAGAUGAGCUCGUUCGGAGCAGCUUUGUUUGAUUCUGCUCUUAGAUGGAAAAAGGUUUCCUCUAAAUAAUAAUCAUUUAUUUUAAAAAGGACGAGUGGGAGCGCCAACAAAGAGUCAUAGGAUGAAAUAUUUAAAGAGCCAAGAUGUUUUCAUGUGACGGAUCAAUGUUCAAUGUGUCCGAUCAGCUGAUCGACGGACGGAGCUGAUGUCAUGAUCAUGCUUUGCUUGUGAGAACGUGUGGUCGUUCAGACUUGUCGGCUCUGAAGUUCUAAAUGUGAUCAACACGUGUUUGUUUGCCUCUUUAAUAUUCUGUACGUUAGCAGCAUAGAACCAUCUAGACGACUAUCUGUAAUAUUUUUGUAUUUCCACAAGAAUACUUUUGAGAGCAUUGAUGUACUGAACCUGUGAGGGAAGUUUAAAAUAAUGUCUCUGUUUAUUUUUGCCAAAGAGCUGCUGUGUUGUGGUUCCGGGGCGAGAGCGGUCCGUGUGGUGGUGACACACGAGGAGGACGACGGGAGCUUUGAACUGAUCUUUAAAAAAUAAACGUGCAGGAGAGGUUUUGGUUUAGAAUAUCGUCAGUAAUGUGUCUCCACACUGACCUGGACACAUCGUUACCUUCUGUACCUUCUAUCAAAUAUAAAUAAAGUCUGUUUUACACAUCUUA